CCCAAACAUAUGGGAGCCCUGCCCACCACCUACCGCUGCCUAUUUAUUUUUGCCCGCCAAAAACUACCUCCUUAACUAACUACUCACUCCACUUUUAUCCCUGUGUGUCUGAAUUCAAGUUGUGGACAAUGCAAGGGGGACAAAUGGUGGCUGAAGGCCCUCUCAGGCUCUCCUCUGUUUUAACUUCUUCUAAAUUGAGCUUUUUGCCAUCACUGACAAAAAUAGUAGGCACGCUUGGACCCAAGUCACGUUCUGUUGAGGUAAUUGAAGCAUGCCUAAAGGCCGGAAUGUCAGUUGCACGGUUUGAUUUUUCUGGGUUGGACAGUGACUAUCACCAAGAAACUAUUGAAAAUUUAAGAAUAGCUGUGAAAAGUGCAAGGAAGCUUUGUGCUGUUAUGCUAGACACUGUGGGUCCAGAACUUAAAGUUUACAACAAGACUGCUAAUCCGAUCGAGCUUAAGGCUGAUGACGUUGUGACCAUCACGCCAGAUGCUACAAAAGAACCAUCAGCAGAAGUCUUACCCAUUAGUUAUUCUGGACUUGCUGGGACAGUGAAGAAGGGUGAUACUAUUUUUCUUGGGCAGUAUCUCUUCACAGGAAGUGAAACUACAUCAGUCUGGCUUGAGGUCUUGGAGACGAAGGAUCGGGAUGUUAUUUGUCUUGUGAAAAACACUGCUACUCUUGCAGGGUUAAUAUUCACCAUGCAUGUUUCCCAGGUUCACAUCGACUUACCAACUUUAAAUGAGAAUGACAAACAGGUCAUUUCAACUUGGGGAAGACGCAACAAUGUUGAUUUUAUAUCCCUUUCUUAUACAAGGCAUGCCGAAGAUGUGCGAGAGCUUAGAGCUUUCCUUAGAACACAGAAUCUUCAUGAAACUCAAAUAUUUGCCAAAAUUGAAACCGUAGAGGGUUUAAAGCAUUUUGAUGACAUCCUUCAUGAAGCUGAUGGUAUUAUCCUUUCUCGUGGGAAUUUAGGCAUCGACCUUCCACCGGAAAAGGUUUUCUUGUUUCAGAAAUCUGCUGUACAUAGGUGCAACAUGGUAGGAAAACCUGCUAUCAUUACUCGAGUUGUCGAUAGUAUGACCGAAAAUCUAAGGCCAACACGUGCAGAAGCCACUGAUGUUGCCAAUGCUGUUCUUGAUGGUACUGAUGGUAUCCUAUUGGGCGCUGAGACUUUACGCGGCCUGUAUCCCAUUGAAGCUGUGACAACUGUGGGGAGAAUUUGCGCUGAAGCUGAAAGGGUAUAUAAUCACUCCCUUCAUUUCAAGAGAAUUGUCAAGCAUGUUGGAGAACCCAUGUCUCAUGCAGAAUCUGUCGCUUCAUCAGCGGUACGAGCUGCGAUUAAGGUCAAGGCUGCAAUUAUUGUUGUGUUCACAUCAUCAGGUGGAGCAGCAAGGCUGAUUGCAAAAUAUAAGCCACCGAUGCCUGUGUUAGCAAUUGUCGUUCCACGCCUCAAAACAAAUUCACUUAAGUGGACUUUCACCGGUUCAUCACAGGCUAGGCAGUUGCUUGGUGUUAGAGGAGUCUACCCUCUUUUGACCACUCCUGAGAUGGCUACUUCAGGCGAAUUAGGGUUGAAACUCGCCCUGGAUCACGGUAAAUCUGUAGGAUUGCUCAAGCCUAAUGAUCAAGCUGUAGUCUUCCAAAAGAUUGGUGACUCGUCGGUGGUCAAGAUUGUUCUGCUUGAAGGCUAGGUUCUCUCCACAAAUAUUUUGAACCUAUAGUUUCAGACAGUAUCACCCACGAAAAAAUUAAACAUUUGUUCCCCAAUUGCUUUAGAUAUCUCUUUUAUUGCAUAAGACAAUAAUCAUUUUCCUUCCCAUCA